AUGCAAGGGAGUCAGUACAGUAAGACAGCUCUAGAGAGAGGGCUAGCUGAAAAAGAGGAUGAUAAGGUUCAAGAAGUGAAAGAAGAGCGGGCAGUUGAUGGAGAGCAGAAAGGGGUGAUAGAUGAUGUGGAUACAACAAGGGUAUACAGCAGAGACUCAUAUGCCAGGGAAACGUUCAAAGCCCUGGAGCAGCUCAGGGACUCGUCUCUCCUCACUGACCUGACUCUGAGCACUGAGAAUGGACAGCGUCUCCACGCACACUCCCUUGUCCUGGCUGCUGUCAGCUCCCUGGUACAUCACUCACUAACACACCAGAGGCUUCCCAAGUGGGAUGAAGAUAUGGAGAAGAUGAGGGAGAGGAGAGAUACAGACAGAGAUAUGAACAUACAGACAGAGAUAUUCAUCAGUCUGGGUUCUGAGGUGAGGUGUGUAGGGCUGGCAGGGGUGACCGAGUUUGCCUACACUGGUGCCAUAGCAGCUCUGAACAGAGAUUCACUGGCCCAGAUACAGACUGCAGCUAAAACACUAGGGGUCCCCAGAGUUCUAGAACUCUGCAGGAAAGAGGAGGGGGAAAUGAAGAAGGGAGUAGAGAAGAGGACUGAAGAAAAGAAGGUAUCUGCUGAAGAACAGAUGAAGCUCACUCUUCAGUCAAUCAGACAGCUGUGGAAAGAGGGAGUGGGCUGUGAUGUGGAGCUGGAGGCUGAUGGGACAUCAUUCCAUGUCCACAAAGUGCUCAUGGCUGCCAGUAGUGACUUCUUCCGGGGAAUGUUCACCAGCGGGAUGAAGGAAUCCCAGCAGCCCUGUGUGGCCCUUCCCUUCCUGGAGGCUGCUGAGCUGGAGGCCAUGAUUGGCUGCUCCUACAGUGGGUCCCUCCCCCUCAGCUGGGGGCGUGUCUUUGAGAUUACCUGUACCGCCCUCCAGCUCCAGUUCCAGCCCGCCCUCUCGCUGUGCCUCAACUUCCUGGAACAGGAAAUCGAUGCUCACUCCUGCCUGGACGUGGCCUCCUUCGCUGAGGCUUAUGGGAUGCCGGAACUCCUCGAAGUGGCAAACAGUUUUGUCCUGAGACACUUCCAAAACGUGGCAGCCACCCCUAAAUUUCAAGACCUGCCAGCCAAGAAGCUUAGAAGAUAUCUGAAAAGCGAUUCCCUCUUUGUGCCCUCUGAGCUUGUCGUCUUCAAGGCUGUGGUGGCUUGGAUCGAGGCGUGUCCCAGCAAAAGGCUUAAACUCACCAAAGAGCUGAUGAAGAAAGUCCACUUUCCCCUCAUGAACGUCAAGGAGUUCAAUGAAGUUACAACCACAAAACUGUGGUCUGAACGCAACACGGAAGGUCUCUACCUGACUAUACUGGAGGACUUUCACUCUCAUCACGUUGCACCUCGAACCCUGUGCAGGGUUUACUUGCCAAAGGACAGUCUAGUCUUGGUGGGUGGAGAUCAGAUCUCUGCCGACUUUAGCCGCCGAUCUCCCAGCCGAGAACUGUGGUUCGGAAACUCUCUGAGGAACUACACAGGCAUUGUAAAGAAUGUGGAAUGGAGGUUGCUUGGCGAGAUGCCAAAGCCACCAAGGCUAAGUCACGAGGUGGCGGUACUCACAGGGAAGUUGUACAUGGUCGGGGGACAGAGUUAUGAAGGCACACUUGACGUUUUCAACUCGACCUACAGGUGA